AUGUCAACUUUGGAAGAAUUCCUGCAGCAGAUUGUGGGCGACAAGGUGAUGUGGGACGUGGUCCCUCAUGAGGAGAGAAAUCAGAUUCGGUUGGAUAGUCUUUUUGCUGCAGCGGAACCAGAAAUCCUUCUAGAAGCAAAGACCGCGAUCAUUAGGAUGAACAAAUCGCUGGGGGAUCUACCGGACCGUCGCCUGAAGACCGCUGGAUCACCGCCCUCUUCAACCUUCGUGAUCAGAUUCAUAUGGAAAUCUUCCACAGCCAAGAUUUGUUGCAGGUGUAGUCCAGUUGACCCUGGAGGACUACCAUUCCUGGAUAUCGGAGCUUAUAGUGGAGGACGGGACCAGUACGAGCGAUGA